AUGGACGGAGAAGUCGCUACAGCAGUCCUUCCUGGAUGGAAAGCCCGGCCUGAGAAUCGAGCACAAGCCGACGCCCAACUUCGGAAGCUGCUUGAGCCACGAGAACGCCUGAAGCAACGGGAGUUACUGAGACAGCAGACCGGCACAGACGCGAACAACCAAAGCGAUGAUUUUGAGAUUGACCAAUUCGACGGAUCUUUGACAGUUCUGUCCGAGCAGCUGUACAACAAAGAUACGCACUUCAUCCUUGAGCUGAUCCAGAAUGCGGACGACAACGCAUACGGCGCAAGCACCAUACCCAGCUUCGGUAUGAGACUGGACAAGAAUGAUGGCGACUGCACUUUCCAGACCGGAUGCAACGAAGUGGGCUUCACAGUCGAUCAGAUUGACGCUCUCUGCAGAAUCGCGAGUAGCACGAAGAAGAACGAGAAGGACGUACGUACAGGCUACAUCGGCGAGAAGGGUAUUGGCUUCAAGGCUGUCUUCAAAGUCGCCGAUGUAUUGUACAUCAAGAGCGGAUUCUACAGCUUCAAGCUGGACAAACGCAACGGUAUGGUCGGAACACUGCUGCCUUUGACAGCCGAUUUCCCAGCGUCAAAGUACCACGAGCACGAUCGCUCAGCGACACGGAUGACACUGCUUCUCAAGGGCAUAGAACAAUACGACAAGAUCUCCAAAGAGCUCACCAAGAUUAAGCCUGAGAUACUGCUUUUUCUGCGUCGCUUGAGAUCCAUUUCCAUAUACAAGGGGCAGGAAACCACAGUUUACUUGGCGAUGCACAACGAGCAUGAGGAGAAGCUUCAAGGUGAGACCAAGACCAUUGACUGCCAGAAGCAAGGCGAAUCAUUUCGCAACAAGAAGUUUCUCAUCACCCGAACGAUGGUGAACGAUAUGCCAAACGAGGAGAAGCGAGCAGUCGUGCAAAUCAUCGAAAAAUAUCAGCAUAUUCCUGAUGCUGGUAUCAAAGUCAUUCAUCAUGAUUACUUUGAACGACUCAAGCAGACUCAACAAAACUCUGGCGCCAAGGUCGCUGCAAUUGCCACAGAACCCGAAAGUGGCGAGACGGAAACCUCGGCGAAGACAGACCCCUUUCAUCAGUGGCUAACAGGGCAAGACUUGUGUCAGCUGGCAACAAAGCCAAGGCUCACCUUCUACCACCGGGAUUCUAACGAAGACAGACUAACAAGAGAAUGGAAGUGGCUGAGCAAGCACGCCGUGAUGGAUCUAGUCUUGCUGAUGAGGGACGAUUGGGCGCACUACGCCGCCAAUCGACGUACUCUGAUAACAGCGGCCAAAAAGCUGCUUGUGCCUUGCCGAGGUGGGAAAGUCCGCGAGCUGCAGGAGACCCCUAUACCGUCAAGUUCGCUCCUCGAAGCGUGCCCUCACAUCAAUUUUGCAGACAUUCCCGAGCCCAACGACGAGAAGUGGCGUUUUUUGUCGAACUUCUCGGUCAUUGUGGAGGCCAAAGAUGAGGCACGCAUCCGCGAGCUUGAAGUGUUGCGUCGCGUUACAACUCACGAAAAUACCUUGGAGACGGUCCAUCCCAUUUAUGAGUACCUGGCCAAGAACAGAUCAAUGAUGUUGAAUUCAACCGUGGAAUAUUUCGAAUCAAGACGUCUAGUUUUCCAUCCAGACCAAGGAUGGGUAACGCCAAAAGAUUGUGUAUGGAAGAGUCCUGCUGUUCUUAAACAUACUCGAGCACUUUGCGAGGUAUAUCCUGAGUGUGACGGUCUCUUCCCAGGUCGACUGGGAAUAAAAGAUGCUGGAAUGCGUGAGGUAAUUCAAGAGCUGGAAACCUUCAAACAUUCAGGUCAACCUGAAGAUACAGAAGUGUUGAAGAGUGUGAUCCUCCUUCUCAGUGAGUAUCUUCAACAGCGGAAAUCAUCUAAUGCAGCGAACGAUGCUGGACUGCUAGAAAAGAUCAGAAACCUGAAGAUCUUUCCGGUUAUCUCGGAUACUCGCUCCUCGGACCAGCCAUCGGUUGUCAAACUUCGGUCGCUCGCAGAUGAUUGGUACAUUGCAGAUCAAAGUGCAUUGAGGAGCGCCUUUCUAGGACGAGUCGAAAUUCUCGACUUUGAUGUUCUGAAAGAUAUUGACAAACUUUUCCCUUUGGUCAAAUGGCUUGAUAUCGACCGCCUUCUAUUGAGCACAGCGGUGAAGGAGUCAAGCAGUACUAUCGGCCCAGCUGUGUUAAUCAAUAACUGGUCUAAAUCUCUUCAAAGGAGAGCAAAAUUCGCAUCCUUGCUUGGAAACAACACGGACGGUUCUACGACCGAGAAUGCUCCAGUGUAUCGACUUUCGCAAGUCUCGAGUAUUGUGGUUCGUAGGAAACUUGGCCAGAUCCAUGGUUUAUCUGAAGACGGCAAAAUUCUCAUCGAGCAUACGGAUGGCUUCAUUGACGUGUAUGUCCUGCGCGAUCCGUUCGAUAACCAAGAUAGACGGGUCAGUCGGGAGCUUUCGAAGCUCUUCAUCGACCAAUAUCAAAUCACCAAGCCAGAGCAUGUCACGCAGCUUCGUGACAUCCUGGGAGCGAAGCUUAGCGAGAUGGGAGAUCUGCUGGAAGAGGUUGGCAUCCGGUGUCCUUGGUCUGAGGAGACUCCUGGGGAGACCACCACUGAGUCGAGAACGGUUAAUGUCACCACUAUUUCGCCGGCGACAUCAACAACGGCAAAGAAGGCUCUUCAGCCUGUCAAUUUGAUGAGCCAGACUACGUCUGCUUGCUCAUCAAGACCCAAUGGACAUACCACUAUUGAUCGAGACCGCUUCAAGAAAGUUGGUGUACUUGGGGAAGCUUGGAUGAACGAAUACUUCAAGACGCGCAUUAGGAACUGGGACGCUACUCGACACUGGACCAGCAAGUUGCGGGUUGAGAAGGGAUAUCCGGACUUCCUUGAGGACGAGUCAAAGACAGCAGAUUUCACGUAUACGGACGAGAACGGCCGCAUGCUUCCUGCCAUGGGUCUUCCUUCUCAUACUCAAGAUUGGGGAGACAAGCACAUCACAUACUACAUAGAGGUAACGGGGACUGUGUUUGACGUCAGUGAGCCAUUCCAUGUGAGCCAGCAUCAAAUGGAUAUGGCACGCAAGUACUCGAAGCGUGAGCUGAUCCCCACGGAUAUUUAUGUGAUCGCUCGUGUCUAUCGUCUUGGCCACAGGUACAUGAACACUGAAGUCAAGUUCUACGUCGACCCUUGGCGCUCUAUUAGCGCAGGCAGACUCAAUCUUAAGAGUGAAGGUUACGAAGUUACACCUGCGACCAAAUGA